GCAAGGCAUUCCUUAUAACAAAAGACAACUUACAAAGUUAUGCGAGAGUGAGAUCGCGAUUUUCCAAUGCGAUGAAUUGAAGCAGAAAUGCAGCUGUAGGACAACUACAACAAUUAUGGACCAGCAUACCUGUAUCCCAAUGGAGUGCACUGACUCCACAGCAUCACCUGACAUGCAAAAGACAGAUGAUGACAACUGCUCUAUCCAAAAUCUCUCUUUAAACACUAGACCAGUGAUAGACAGCGGACCUGAAAGUGACAACAGUGAAGACCCUCCAGAGACCUGCCCUCUGGUGGAACAAACUGACUCCAGUUAUAUAGUAACUUGUACAGUCAACAUAGCAAUAGCCAUCCUUAAAGAAGAGGAUGAGAAACCUUUAAGUACGUCUGAGAAAAGGAAGAAGGGAACAAAGAAAAAAGCCUCUAGUGAUGUAGUGGAGGCCCCCAGAGCUGAAGGGUAUUACUGCAUUGAGUACAAUAUGUUUCCUGAUGAGCCUGAGCCAAUCAGAGUUGAUCUAGUGAUGUUUGGCUUGGCAGCUAAAGUCUACAUGGCAAAUGAAACUAAGGUGGUGAAGCCAUGGCGAGAAGGAAACCAGGUGUGGGUUGGCUGGUCUCAGACUUUGAAACUGAAUGUGACAAAAGAGCUCCUAAUUAAAAUGGCCUCCCAUAUAAUCACUGUUAAAGUUUGGGACGGUAAAGAUAAAGUGUCCUUCAAAGCCAGGAAUGACAGACCUAAAGCUUUCAGACUUCCACAGGAGAGGUCUGGAGAAGAUCCAGACGAAAUGGCUGGCAUCAAGAAGAUGGUUUGUAAGUUGAGAGCUCUCUAUGAGAAGGAGAAUCUGGGAACUAUGAAACACCAGAGAGGUCCUGUUGCAAAUGGCUGUAUGAAGCAUUCUGCGCUUAGCUGUGACACAGUUCCUUUUAAGCAUCAUUUGGCAAAAGUACAGAAGAAAAUAGUGCCUGCUCAGAAGAUGGACUUCCAGGAACAAACACUGGAGAAUGCAGAAUUCCUAGAGGUCAGACAACAAAAGGAAGCUGCUUCACUGGAGCUCAAUUCAGCUUCCCUUCUCACAGGGGCUAUGACACUCACGGACUGUUUGCAGCUGUGUUAUGGAAAAGUGAAUGAAGGAUUCUGGAACAUUACUCUGGAUCAGCCACUUAUAUCUGAAGAGAUAAAGGCUGAACUCAACCCGCUGGUCAUCACUAUUUUGUCUGCUUCAUCUCUACCAUCUACUCCUGUUCCCUUUCACAUACUUAAGGAAAAAUGUCUUCCUGUGUACUGCCAGUAUAAGUUCCACAACAUGCCUCUUUAUAGAACCAAAGCCUGUGAUCACAGCGCUAAUAUUUCCUUCAAAGAUAUAAAUGUGAUUUUUACUGGUCUACUGAGCCCUGGACAGCUGCGUGAGUUUCUUAGAGGUCCGCCUUUGGAGAUUGAAGUCCAUGAUCGGGAUAGAAAACUGAAAAGUAAAACCAGACCUUCAACCGUGUUUGGAACUGACCCCGAUGAUUUUAAACUAGCAAGUGUGGUACUAAGUGUAACCAAGUGGACGGCUCACGAUGUCUUCAAGACAGAAAGAGAAUUCCAUGAUCCAUAUGGAAUAGCAAAACUAGAUCUUUCCGAUCUCCUAACAGGAUGCAGAUAUUUAAAGCUCAGUUUACCCAUUAGGUGUUCUGCUUCCAGGCAAAGUGAACCAGAGAGUACAAUGCUUCAGACUUUUGUGGAUCAUUCAGAAAUGCCAACAGGUCAUUAUAUAGAGGCUGAUUCACAUCUAAAAGUUCAGGUGGAGAUAGCAUAUCCCCUAAAUCCCGAGGGUGCCACAGGUGAAGACGACUGCCCUUUUGGUCGCAUCAUAUAUGUUUUUAAAUAUAGUAACUCUGUCUUAGCCAAACUGACAUCUGAAAUUCUACAAGUCAAUUCAGAAGCUUUCCAACUUGACUCCUAUCCAGAGGAAACAACCGAGCGAGUCCUUUCUGGUCAUAAAAUGAGCGCCAAAGACAGAGAGAACAAAACCAGAAAUGUUCUCACUGGAUUUCAUAUAAUGGAUAAAGCUCUACACCUUUUCGUUCUAGAAGGAUUGAAGGAUCAAGCAAUCAAAAGACUGUGGAAGCAAGUGCCUAUGAAGUUGAAUGGUGAUGAGGAGGACCAGGUGACUGUGCUUUAUAACUCAGACCUGAGUUUCUCUGUGCGUCUCUAUGACACGCUUGAUGUGGGUCUGAGUCCGAUUUACCUCCCGAAUCCACUUGAGACCAUCAUGAGUGAACCUCUGAUGUUUAUCAGAAAUAUGAUUCCUCAUGGUUGCCUAGAAGCUAUGAAACGAAUAAGCCUUCUCCGCAAAGCCGAAAAGCUUAUAGAAGCAGUACACAACAAUCUUUUCCCAUCGGCCGACAUGGUUCUCAGUUUAACACAGGAGUUUGGAUUGGUUCUGAAGAGAGGACAGUUACAGAUGUCAGAGAUACAGAAACCUCAGGAUGUGCCGGAUCAUCAAAACAUCAAAAAGAGAAUCCACACACCUCUUGAUAACUUUAACAGAGAAUAUUUCCAGUGGAAACAGCAGUCGGGUAAUAAUGUGAAAGACUUCAUUCAGGCAAAUAUCGAAGAUGUCCAUAGGGCGAGCACAGAGUUACAAAAAUCUAAGCCUGAUAUGCUUGUGGACAACCUUGAUGAUGGACAAUCUAUUUAUUCAUACCAUGUCCAAACCAUGAACUCAACUCAAGGGAACGAACUACAACACAAAGAAGUGAUCUCCAGUUGCAAUCCUUUUAUCUACCCAGGCUUUAAGAGCAGUAUUGAAUCUAACCAGCAUCCAAAGCGACCUGACGAUGCCCGAAUAGAAGAACUAAGAAAGCCCUGGAGAGAAAACAUUCUCCACGGGAACAAACUGAAGCCGACUCUUUCUAGAUCCAGACUGCCGUGGAUUCAGAGACAUCAAGAUUUUGAACUUUAUUCCAAGUCACAGUUUGUGUUUGGCCCAGAAUUCCCCUUGAGCAUCCAUUUGGCUGGAGAGUCUCUGCGUGAUGAACAGCUACAGGCGGCACAUGCUCAGUAUAACAGGUGGAGGAAGAUGUUGAUUGAUGAGGCCACUAAAGGAACUGGACGAGUCCCUGAGUUUAAAUGUCACAUGAAGAGAGCAGAUCUGGAUAAACUAGAAGACAUACUGAAGGACAAACCCAUAAAAUAUUCUCUGAAGAGACCAGGAAUGAUUUUAAAGCCUAUUCCAGUUACUUCUGUGAUCCAGUGCGCUGAUCCCGCCGACUCAGUUGAGAGAGAAGCCAAUGUUCCAUUCUCUCCCGGACCUUUUCAGAACCACAGUCUAAGCUGGGACAAAAACGCUAUCCCAAGACACACAUCCCACUACAACAAGUUCCACUUCAGAGAUUACUGGAGGCCACAUUCGUUCCUGCACAAGCGAGGUGAUUUGUCACUUACAGAUGAAGAGAAAAGACAGAAACCUGCUGAUACUCCAGAGACUCAUAUGACAAGUGCCUAUUUUAAACACUGCAGAAACAUCAUAGAGACAAGGACCAACAAAGACGUCACUUUGCAUAUGCAGUAAAAUCUUUCAUUUACAAUUUCCCUUUAAUAUUAUUAAACAAGAAUAAGCAGCA